CACAGACACGAAAUAUCGACAAAUUCAACUCGUUUGCUUUCGCUACCUGUUUUCGAGCACCAUUUCAAUAGUUGGGGGUCAAAUAUCGCAUAUAUAUUGGUUUUCAAAGACAAGCUAAUUGUUUUUACAAGUGAUGAUGAUCCCGAACCAGCAUUUACAUUGUGUAAUAAGACAAUUGAUUAAUAUUAAUGUACCAGCAUGUCCCAUAAACAUAUGAUAACAUCUUAUAACCAAUAAUCAAGGAUGCCUUUCAAUACAGUAUUUUUACAAUAACACGUAACGAAAGAGAGCGGUUCGCUGCACUUGGUCGCCUUUAGGUCUCAAAAUGUUUUUCUUGUUAACAUAACUUUAAAUCCAUAGAAUUACACAGCCACUGUGCUUGGAAAAACUUAAACGCUGUAAAACAUAGGAUCAAGCUACUGUACUUGUCACUUGACACUGGAUAUCUUACCGUGAAUAGCAAGUACGAGGACUAUGGUACCGUAACACCAUUUCAUUUUUACAUUUUUUACUUUGGAAAAUUAAUACGGAUCAGUGAUGACUCGUUGAUCUAGACUACUAACACUAGUCACUAGUCACCUUAACAAUACGUUUUUCGGUAAAAUGCGCCUUGGUAUGAUGGAUGGAUAUAUAGCACGACGACUAAACAAGAAACUCCUUCUGCUGUUCAUGAUUGCAGCCAUCGUACUAUACCUGCAGUCGAAGACAGAAAAUACUGGGACUAAGAUCGUCGGACCAAGAAUGUCCAAAUAUUACAAACAUGCAAACCAGAUAUCGUCCACAACAGAAUCGUUCUCGCCCAAUAAAACCACACUCCUUAACGCCACAUUGAACCUCCAAUUACAAUUCAUAUCACUCAGUGCCAUCUAUAACAUCUCUCUGAUCCUUCUGGACCCGACCAUAAUCAACAACAGCAUGGUGUCAACACAUAACCUGAAGGAGGACCUCAUCAACAAAGCCAUUGUCUCCUAUGGCAUCAAUCGUGACGAUUUGGCUGGAACUAAAUUGGAGACAUUCAUUCGCACUCUAUCUCGUAACAAAUACCACACAACAGUCGUAAAAGACAGAGACCAGAAUGUCAACCAUAUAUUCUUAACGACAUCAGUGCCAUCUAUCAGCAAGUGGAUUCACAUAGCCAUAAUAUAUAACAGACACGGUAGAUAUUACUGGAUAGGGCC